AUGUCGGCUCCAAUACGACUGUCUUUACCACAUACCCGACGAGCCCCUUCCAGAACCAUCUGGAGAUUCCAAUCGACAUCCGCUUCCGCGGAGCAACCUGCCUCUCCCUUACUUGUCAAGAUCAGGAAUGAUCUAAAAGUCGCGCUUCGAGCGAAGGACACUACUCGUUUGAACGUCCUUCGAGCCAUUCUUGCCGAUGUUAUCAACGCUUCCAAGACAUCUAGCCCAGUCACCAGUGACAUUCAACUAUUCGCUCUUAUUCGUAAAAGAACCUCCGCAUCCAGAGAGGCUGCCUCACAGUUCGCCACAGCGGGGCGGAUGGACCUGGUCGAGAAGGAAGAAGCCCAGACGCGGAUUCUCGACGAAUAUGCCGGAGAGGUGGAAGCCGUCGGAGCAGAAGAGAUGGAAAAGGCUAUCCAAGAGGUCGUCGAACAAAUGAAAGAGCAAGGAAAGGUCGUCUUGGGGCAGGUCAUGAAAGCCCUGAUUGGAGAAGGGGGUUCUCUUGCGGGGAAGUCUGUGGAUCGAAAGGAGCUUGCCGCGGCGGUGAAGAGAGCAGUGGGAUAA